UGCAAGUGCAUAUUUGUUUGUGAUCAGUAUUGGAAAUAUGCGUGAUUUGUUUCAAAUAUUGUUGGGCCUCGUGUUUUUAACUGGUCUACAGUGUCAAAAGCUACCCAAGGGAGUCAGCAAGUGCCAUUAUGGUGAUGGACAGUGCCUAAAGGAUACAGCCAAUGCUUUGAUACAAAAUUAUCGCAAAGGAAUACCAGAAAUCUAUUUAAAAACAUUCGAUGUGGUUAAUGUAAGAGAUUGGGUGCUAGUCAACGAUUCACAAGUAGGCGUAGCUUGGUAUUAUUUUGAAUUGUUCAAUCAGACUAAUUAUGGUUUCGAGAAUACCACAAUUACGGAAAUUAAAGGCUUUGACAAAGAUCCCACAUUAAGUAAAAUUGAAAUUUCUGGUACGAUACCCAAAUUGAUCUAUAAGGGUCAAUAUAAUGCCAAGGGACGUAUGCUUUGGAUGGUGAAUAUAGAAUCGUCUGGAAAUUCCGUAUCCGAUUUUCUUAAUUUUCAAUUCCAUUUGACACUGAAAGUCCGUACAGAAUAUCGAAAUAAUAAACGUUAUAUGAAAAUUUAUGAAUUGGUGCCCAGCAUAACUUUGGAUCGCUGGAUUCAGUGGUUAGAUGAUUUCUUUCCUGAAAAUUUUGAUCUAACCUUGGCCGUUAAUAAUCUAUUUAAUCGAAAUUGGGUAGAAUUUUGGAAUGAAUUGGAACCAAGCAUAUUGCGUUUAUUUACUACAGUUUUCAUGGAUAUGUUCGAUGAGCUCUUCUAUAAUAUUCCCUACGAUGAUUUGUUCUUACAAGAUGAUGAAUAAAUAGAAAUAGAGAUAGAGAUAGAAAUAUGUAUAAAUUAUUUUAAAUAAUAUAUUUACAACAAAUUAAAGUUUCAAAAGCUUUCGAAAA